CAGGAUGAUAUGGGAUUCUGCAGGAAUGUGGUUUCUGGUGGCCUUUCUUACUUCGCAAAAUGAUCUAGUAUUUAAGGCUAGUGUCUGAAUUAAAGGAGCAGAGACAUCAAACCUGUCUGCUACUUCUCUGCAGAGCCUUGUUGACGACUCAUUAUGAAAGAUGCAGAAACUGUUGAGAAAGUAGCUCGCAAUGAUUCGGGGUGUUUGUGGUUGAUGCCCUGUGUGUGUGUGUGUGUGUGUGUGUGUGUUUGUGUAUGUGUGAGAUCUCCUUCCUUCCCUCUCUGUCAGGCCCCUUCUUUAAUGCACUGACACAUUCAGAAUGAGGACAGACAGUCAGUUUAUUACAGAAGGAUAGAAACAGAUACAGCUAAAGGCCACAAUCGACACACCAGACAUGGCUCCUCUCUUCUUCCUCCUCUUCAUCGUUUUUAUAGGGUUACCAGUUAUCAACCCUGUAGGAAGUUCCAAAGUGAAAACUUUUGAGAAAUUAACAGCACAAGCAGGAGGAUCCAUCAGCAUCCCGUGUUUCUAUGGUCAGGAGCACAAAGACAGUGUGAAAUCCUGGUGUAAAGGGAGAGACACGUCAUCCUGCAGCCCAGAGACACGCAGUGACUCCCAACUGGCCAUGAACAGAGUGUUCAUCACUGAUGAUCCCCAGAACUUAGUCUUCAUUGUGACCAUGAGGGACCUGCAGCACAUGGAUUCUGGCUCUUAUUGGUGUUGUGUGGGUGAUGGAUGCAGAAGAUCUGAGGAUUCCUCUGGGAAACUGGAGCUGUUGGUUUCUACAGAGGUUAGGAGUGUGAGGACCGUGAGCUGGAUAACUGCAGAGAGAGGAGGAUCUGUCACCAUCCCAUGUUACUAUAAUGAAGCUUAUAAAGAUCAAGUGAAAUCCUGGUGUAAAGGAGAUAAAUGGGAUUCCUGCUCCAGAACAGCACAAUCAGACAGGAACCAGGUUGGAGGGAAAGUGUCAAUCUCUGAAAACCGUGACCAAAUGGUGUUUAAUGUGACCAUGAGAGACCUGCAGAAGGGGGAUUCUGGGUAUUACUGGUGUGAAGUGAAGCAUGAUGAGAGGACAUAUGACAAAGCAUUUCUGCCCCUGAUGGUCUGGGAAGCUAAUGGUCGUACAGGAAAGUCUAAAGUGGUGACAUUCAAGAAGUUAACAGGAGAAAUAGGAGGAUCUGUCACCAUACCAUGUUUCUAUGGUCAGAAGCAUAAAAACCCUGUGAAAUCCUGGUGUAAAGAGGACAGUCUGAGAUCCUGCAGCAAAGAGAAACGCAGUGACUCCCAACUGGCCAUGAACAGGGUGUCCAUCACUGAUGAUCCCCAGAACUUAGUCUUCAUUGUGACCAUGAUGAACCUGCAGCAGUCAGAUUCUGGUCAUUACUGGUGUGCUGUGGGUGGUGGUCAGGGGAGAUCUGAGGAUUCCUCUGAUAGACUGACCUUUACAGUCCGUGUGGAGGUUAAGGAUGUGAGGACUGUGAGCUGGGUCUCUGCAGAGAGAGGAGGAUCUGUCACCAUCCCAUGUUACUAUCAUGAAUAUCAUCAAUCUAAAGUGAAGUCCUGGUGUAGAGGAGAUGUAUGCGGCUCCAGAUUAGCACAGUGUGACCUGGGACAGAAUGGAGGGAAUGUGUCAAUUACUGAUGACCGUCACCAAAGUGUAUUUCAUGUGACCAUGAGGAACCUGCAGGAGGAAGAUUCUGGCUCUUACUCAUGUUGUGUGGGUGGCAGUUUCAAUGCCUCUCUGGCCCUGAUAGUCCGGGAAGUAUUUCAUGUCCCAACCCAUCAUACGACACUGAGAAAUACCGUUUCUUCACCUUUUCCUUUGACAUCCAAUUCAUCAGGACAGAACUCUACAAAUUCCAGUGAAAGGUAGGACAUGUAUCUGGAUAGAUUCCUGGGGUCCAGCACUUUAUAGGGGCCCCAAAUGCUGCAGUGCCCUCCCUCCCCCACACUAGCCUACUCAGUAAAAUCUCACGUGGGACCCCUUUCCCCCCCAAAGGUGAUCAUUGUUGAAGGUGCUGUCAGGGGGCCCAGAAUUUUUUAGCUGCACCCCUGCAUAUAUAGAUAAUAUGUGGUAUCAGAUACACUGGAAGAAUCUUACAUUUUGUUGUUUUCUCUGCCAGCUCUGCUGUGCUCAUUUUCAAUCAUCUGCAGUAGGAAACAGUGUUACGAUACAGCAUGAUGGAAGGGAUGAUCCACAGUGUGGCUGGGUGACAACAAGCAAGGAAUGACAGGAACAAAAGGGACCAUGAGGGGUGAAAACAAAGGCUAGAGAUAAACCAAGAACUAAACAGGCAAUAACUAAACGCAAGGAAAAACUCACACCAAACAGGAUUCAUGGAGAACAGGACAGGAAAAUGCAGGAAGAAAAUACAACACGUACCAGCACAUAAAAUGACUGACUGAGGAACAGGGGCAGGUACAUAUAUACACAGGCAAUGAGGGCAUAACGAGGGGCAGGUGUGGAUCAUUACUAAUAACACACAAGGACCUGGGAACUAUGAGGAAUAGGAGAGUAAUUAACAAGCACUAAAGACUAAGAAUAUAUGUGAAAAAAAACACAACUAGACACGGGCAGAAACAAAAGAUACAGAAAUCAAGGAACUAUACAAGAACGUAAUUAGCAUGGAGUAAACAUGGGGAAGCCUGGUUCUAACAGUUCUAAGCCGCACGCUCAUCCCAUUCAGCCAUGCAGUGGCUGGGGAGCAGGGGAACACACUAGGAACUGUGAAAGGUAGCAGACACAGAAAGGAAUGGAAAUUCCAGCGACACCUGCUGGCCAUACAGGGAACCGACAGACACCGCAGGGACUGAUCCUGACAAACAGUCAAUGACAUCAGAUUUGUGGACUUCACUGUCAUUCUGUCCUGUUUCAGAAUUCCAGUAUGGGAGGUGGAAAUAUCCUGGGUAUUUCUGUUCACCAUAGUCUUAAAUGUAAAACAACAUAACCUUAGAUGUUUGCAGGCUUCCCAUUACAGGAGUUGUAUAAUUAUUUUCUCUGUGGGUGAUGUUUACAGGAUUCUCUCUUUUGCAGAAUUGUUGUCUGUUGGUAUUAUAUGAUUGUGGUUGGAAUGAGCUCUUUGAUUAUUCUGUUUUUG